UAUGCUAGAUGUAGAUGUUUGUUUGUGUAGUAGGCAGUCGCUGGUUUAGUAGAAAAAUCUGAUUGUUAUUUUCUCUUUCAAACUGAGAAUCAUUAGGUGUCUUUUUCCCAUCAUGUAGGCCAAAAUUGAGCAGUAAAGUUCUCAAUCUGAUUAACCACAAGUCCUGCCUCAAAAAGCAAUAAUAAUGUUUACGAUAGGUUUACUGACGGCUGUCUUCCUUGUGGUCUUUGCACUGUUAGCAGGCAUGGUGCUAACUCUGAUAAUUCAGUGGUACUUUUUCAAUAGGUAUUUAUUGAAAUUACCACUUGCCUCUCAAUCUGAAGAAGUUAUUGCUGAACAGUUUCAAAUUCCCCAGAGUCUUCUGGAAGGGGACUUCAAGCCAGAGCCUGCCAAAGCUCUCAACUCAGUCUUGCAGUUUCUGUUUCAAGAAUGCCGCAACACCAAACGAGUCCGCAGGUGGUUCCGUACUCGCCUCAGCAUCGAGUUGGAAGAGCUUCUAACCCGCACAACCACGGGCAAACUGUUUGAAGCCAUUGCUCUGAGAGAGCUUCAUCUCGGCACUCAGUUUCCGAACAUAAUAGACAUAGAAGUGAAGAAGUUCAACGUCAGCCCCAGCUGUGGCUUGAUAGACGACCUGGAAUUGUGUCUACAGCUGGAAUAUUGUGGCGGCUUUCAACUCACCAUCGACGCUAACAUGCGACUCAACAAGACCGCUCGAGUGUCUGUCAAAGUAAACCAGCUGAAAGGCCUGGGCUGCUUGAGGUUCACAAGACAUCCGUACACACAUUGGUCAUUCAGCUUCUACUCCGACCCUCAGCUCCAACUCACCGUAGAGUCACAGUUCCAGGGACGCACACUUCCCCAGAUAAACUCCAUCAUAGCCAGCCAGAUCAGAAAAGCUUUGAAGAGAAAGCACACGCUGCCCAACUUCAAACUUCGUUAUAAACCAUUUUUCCACAAGAGUGACCCAGGAGUUGUGGCGGAUGAAGGGUCUUCAGAGAUGGCAGUGACGGGAUCUCUGGACGUGUCUGUGCUGCAAGUAUCAAGAAUCUCAGACACCCCAGGUCCGGUCUAUUGUAGCCUCGCUGUUGACAGUAUGGCUUGGGUGGAGAUGGUCCAUUCAGACUCGGGUAGUUACCUCACAGUGGAUGUUAGCGUGCUCAAACAAGCCGGCUCGCUGGGUGUGCACUUCAAACAGGAGUUUGUGGCGGACAAAUACCAGGUGUGUUUCGUGGUUGAGUCAGUUGCUCCGUACGUGGUGGCGGAGGUAAGAGCGGGUGACAUCCUGGUGGCAGUGGAUGGCAAGAAGGCUGUCUCCUUGCCUCAGAUCAGCAAGGUGAUCAAGCAGGCAGGGGAUCGGGUCGGGCUGCGACUGGAGCGACGACUCAAGAUUCUCACCACCACUCCCCCUCCGGAUGAUAAGACGUUGGAGAUCUCCGGACUGAGACAUCGUAGAGGUUCUGGCGACAAAACCGACAGUGACAGUAGUAACUCAGCCUCUCUCUCAGAUUCUCCAGCCAAGAAAACUCUGAAGGAGAGCCCAGAUCACAAGGUGAUCCACAGAAUGUCGUUUGGUUGUGAGACGGAGCAGCAGCAGCUACAAGUGUUGACAACGCGGGACCAGCCUUACGCUCAGGUCAUCACAUUCAGUGAAACACUCAAGUUUAAUAUCCUACCUGAGCACAAGUUCCUCAACCUGAGUGUGUGGAGCAGGAGUCCCAGUGGUGGUAGUUGUGACAAGAACAGUCUCCUAGGUCAUGUCAGUCUGCCUCUGUCUACUCUAUGUGUGUCUACACUGGGUCAUCAUGUAGACACACACUCACUGCUGCCACCGUAUCCACACUUGCUCAACAGUUCUACCCAUCCGCUCUCCUCUCACAACGGGUUUGAGCCGUGUCUGUGCUACGGGGAUGUCUUACUGUCUACAAGUUUCACUGCGUCUCAUGUUCCUCCCACUUCUGUUCCCACCCUCUUGGUCCCUCCCUCUCCUUCUCCUGCGCUUGUCUCCAACUCACACGACUUUGAGCGCACUCACUUUAACCGUGCGACCCAGUGUGGAUUCUGCUUUAAAAAGAUAUGGCUGAAGGAUGCAUUCCAAUGUAAAGGCUGUGCGAUGACUUGUCACAAGAAGUGUGUUGUCAAAUGUUUGGCUGUGUCGUCGUGUGGACGACGAGCGUCUGCACAACCGGAGAUUGUUACUACCUCCGCAGAUGACAACGACACUAAACCAGAACAGGUUCGUCGUCUCAGCAGUCUGUUGGCGAGUGUCACCAACAAGGGGCUGAAGAGAGUGAGCUCCGCCAGCAACCUGGCACCCCCCUCCCCAUGCGGUGGGUCGGGGGGGUGCGGUGGCUCAGUCAGCCUUCCUCCCUCGCCUCAACACUCUCCUUCCCCCAGCCGUAAGACAUCGCUGGGUGAGGGGGGCACGUUGUUCACGCUGGAGGGUGAGGACGGAGACGAGAUCACGACUGCGCUGGCGCAGUUGCUGGCGCGACCUCAGGACGAGGAGCUCAUGGACCAAGCCAAGGCCACGGGCCGCCAGCUGUUUGCUGACAUGGCUCCGGAGGCCAGGAAAAAGAAGAUAGACAUCGUGAUGGCCAAGCUGAAGGCAAUGAUAGAUGACGAGAGCCAGAACCACCUGAGACUGACCAAGGAGGAACAGUCGAGCUCUACGACAGAAGCCAAGGCUAAGGCAGCGUUCCUGCUGGGCAAGAGUGAGGAGAAGCUGCACGCACUCACUGUCUUGAUGCUGCAUUGCUGUGCUGGUCUACAAGACUCUCACGACACCCUCACAUUACCAAACUGCAACUGA